UCUCACCACAUCGGCACGCCCCCCCGCUCCUUCAAAAACCCCUGGCCCUCUUACAGACCCGCCAGCAUCGGCGGCAUGCUCAAAGCCCGCUGGGGCGCCAACCGCAACUUCGUCCCCGUGCCCGCCGACGCGUCGCAGCUCGUGGCCGUCCGGCCGCCCGACUUCGGCGCGCAGCUGCCCCACAGCUUGAAAGCGACCUGGAUCGGGCACGCCUCCUUCGUCGUCGAAGCGCCCGCCCCGCGCGGCGGCGGCGGCGGCGCUGGCGCUACGCGGGGGGUGCGCCUCCUGCUCGACCCGGUCUGGAGCCGCGCGGUCGGGCCGUACGGGCAGUUUGGGCCGGUGCGCUUCGUGGGCUUGCCGUGCGCGGUUGAGGACGUGGGCGAGGUGGAUGCGGUGCUGGUUAGCCAUGAUCAUUAUGACCAUUUGGAUGCGCAGACGCUGCGGAGGGUGAGGGAGAGGGGCGGGGGGCGGGUCAGGUUUUUGGUGGCGUUGGGGGUGAAGCAGACGCUGGUGGGGCUGGGGGUGGGGAUCAGGGCGGAGGAGGUGGUGGAGUUGGAUUGGUGGGGGGGUGUGAGGGUCGAGGUGGAGGGGGUGGGCGGGGUCGAGGUGGUGUGUACGCCUGCGCAGCAUGGGAGCGGGAGGACGCCGUGGGGGUUUUUUGGGACGUUGUGGUGUAGUUGGGUGAUUCAGGAGGUUCUGUCGGGAGGGGCUGCUAGUGUGUCUGAGGAGGAUGGGGCGGAGAAGCAGAGGAUAGGAAAAAAGUUGUACUUCACAGGGGACACCGGCUACUGCUGCGUCCACUCCGACGCCGAGCUCUCCUCCGCCCACUCCCCCGUCCCUCCCUGCCCGGCUUUUGCAGAAAUCGGCCAGCUAUACGGCCCUUUCGAUCUCGCGCUCCUCCCAAUCGGCUGCUACCUCCCCCGCACGUUCAUGUCCUCGCAGCACUCGUCUCCUGACGACUCCAUCUCGAUACACAAGGAUGUGAGGAGUGAGAAGAGCAUCGGCAUGCAUUAUGGCACUUUCAGGGGGAAUCUGAGCGCGCAUCACGAGCCGGUCACCGAGCCGCCGGUGCGGUGGAGGAAGGCAUGCGAGGAGGCGGGGUUAGAAUGGGGGGCGGAGAUUGGGCUGUGUGAUAUUGGGGAGACGGUGGCUGUAUGAGUCUAAUUUGACAGCGUAUCUUCGCAUUUUGGCCUAUACAAGCUUGUACUUGGGUGGCUUCGAUAUGCCGCAUAAACUGACAGCUGAUCUUAACGCCACAGACCCCACAUAGCUGCCUUAAGGCUCUCAACCCCAUGAUCUUAUCUAUGAACUCCAG